AUGAUUGACAACAGACCAUUAAUUCAGAAUGCACAGCUUUUACCACAAGAUGUGGAAUACGCAGGAAACGUUAGAACAGAUUGGAUCGAUAGAAGUUUUUGUUGUUGCCGCGUUGCGUACUUUCCAGUUGGUAAAUUCUCAAUUUGCGAACAUUGGAGAGUAAGCUUAAAAAUACCAUCUCUAGUAUUACUUUUACUUACUUCAUCAUUUGUUUUAUUCAUUCUCGAUACUGCUCCGAUAUUAAAAUCUGCCCAUCAAUUCCCUAACAAAUAUUGGAACUACGGCGUCUAUUCCGCCCUUUCAGUAACAUUCUUAUUCGUUAUUAUAUCUUAUUUUUCGAUUAUUAUCUAUGGUCCAGGCUAUUUGCCAUAUAAUUGGUGCAUAACACGCCAAGAUGAAUAUGAUUGGGAGACAAUGAUGUCUUCCAUUGCCGUUUACCAAGAACAAGUAGAGUUCGGUAAGACUCAUGAAAGACCUGCCAGAGCUUCAUUUAGUGUUGAUGCAAGGAGAUAUGUUUUACGUGCAGAUCAUUUUUGUUAUUGGACACAGUCAUGGAUUGGAUUGAAGAACCAUCGCUUUUUCCUUCUUUUAACAGGCUGGGCUUCAUUAUAUUGUUUAGAGCUUAUAGGAUUCAAGUAUUUCUGGAUAAAAGACAUCAUUACUACAGCUAUCAAGCAAAAGAAAUUCGAUUUCUUAUCGAUACCAGGUUUCAUCUUUCUUUUAUUCGCAAUUAUAUUGUUUGUGUUUGCUUUCAGACUCUUCAUUGUCGCAAUGAACAACUUGGCUCAUAAUCUAACAUUAAUAGAAAGAUGGAAGAAAAAAGAAUCACCUACACCUGGCAGAUCUGCUUGUAAAAACUUUGAAUCAGUCUGCGGUUCAAAAUCGUGUUGCAUCUGUUGGUUCCUUCCAUUCAUUUCGCUUAAACAAAUGCCAGAAUCUAGUUUUGACGAUGACGGCCGUUCAGUUUGCUCUGAAUCUCUGCUUACACAGAACCAAUAG